UCCAAGUUAGAAAACCGCUUUUACGAGGUCUCAGCACUUUUCUUUCAUUGGGGGAAGGCGUGAGGAAAGUACCAAACAGCAGCAGACUUUUAAACUUUAAAUAGACAGGUCUGAGAGCCUGAACUCUCCUCUCUUCCUUUGACUUCAGCCUCCAAGGAGCUUCACCACUUUGGCGCGCCGGCUUCACUUUCAUUAAGUGAAAGAGAGGUGCCCAAACAUGGGUGACUGGAGCGCCUUGGGGAAACUUCUGGACAAAGUCCAAGCUUACUCUACGGCUGGAGGGAAAGUGUGGCUGUCAGUGCUCUUCAUUUUCAGAAUCCUACUCCUGGGGACAGCAGUUGAGUCAGCGUGGGGCGAUGAACAGUCCGCCUUUCGCUGUAACACUCAACAACCCGGUUGCGAAAAUGUGUGCUAUGACAAGUCCUUCCCCAUCUCUCACGUGCGGUUCUGGGUCCUUCAGAUCAUAUUCGUGUCUGUGCCCACGCUCCUGUACUUGGCUCAUGUGUUCUACGUGAUGAGGAAGGAAGAGAAACUCAACAAAAAAGAGGAGGAGCUCAAAGUGGCCCAGACGGAUGGCGUCAACGUGGAGAUGCACCUGAAGCAGAUCGAGAUCAAGAAAUUCAAGUAUGGCAUUGAGGAACACGGCAAGGUGAAGAUGAGAGGGGGCCUGCUGAGAACCUACAUCAUCAGUAUCCUCUUCAAGUCUGUCUUCGAGGUGGCUUUCCUCCUGAUCCAGUGGUACAUCUAUGGGUUCAGCCUGAGCGCCGUCUAUACCUGCAAGAGAGAUCCCUGCCCUCAUCAGGUGGAUUGCUUCCUCUCGCGUCCCACAGAGAAAACCAUCUUCAUCAUCUUCAUGCUGGUGGUGUCCUUGGUGUCUCUCGCUUUGAAUAUCAUCGAACUCUUCUACGUCUUCUUCAAGGGCGUUAAGGACCGCGUGAAGGGAAGAAGCGAUCCUUACCAUGCCACCACCGGCCCGCUGAGCCCAUCAAAAGACUGUGGGUCUCCCAAAUACGCCUACUUCAACGGUUGCUCCUCACCAACAGCCCCACUCUCACCUAUGUCUCCUCCUGGGUACAAGCUGGUUACCGGUGACAGAAACAAUUCCUCGUGCCGCAAUUACAACAAGCAAGCGAGUGAGCAAAACUGGGCUAAUUACAGUGCAGAGCAAAAUCGAAUGGGGCAGGCCGGAAGCACCAUCUCCAACUCCCACGCCCAGCCUUUUGAUUUCCCCGAUGACAACCAGAAUGCCAAAAAAAUUGCUGCUGGACAUGAACUCCAGCCGUUAGCCAUUGUGGACCAGCGACCUUCCAGCAGAGCCAGCAGCCGCGCCAGCAGCAGACCUCGGCCUGAUGACCUGGAGAUCUAAAACGGAGGCCUGCUCGAGCAUCAAGAUGCUACUUGAUUGUGUGAGGAGAAAAACGGGUGCUUACAGAAAGUGCACCUGGGGUGUUCAUAUUGUUCCCAUGGAGGUGGUACUCAAUAGCCUCAGUUUUGAGGUGUAGAAAACAAAGACACUACAAUACCUAGGUUCCUUGGGGGUGUUUGGGAUAGCUGGGUGGAACAGGUGGGGUUAAGGGUGGUACAUUUUGGUAUUUAAUGUAGUAGAUUCAAAGAACUUAAAUUCCUACUAAGAGUCACAUUGGGUGAACAUAGGUAAGGGCUUUCUCUCUCUUCACCCCCCCCCAAACGAGCCUUAAGAAUGGUUCUGUAUAUGUGAGUGAGUGGGUGGUAUAAUUUUUAUUUUUGUUUUACUGAGAAACUGAGAUAGCUUCGGCCAGGAAUCCAUGCUUCUUCAACAUUCAUUUCCCUUGUGAAAAGACAGGUUGUUUGUCCAACUUCAUCCCUGCCAGUACAUUCCAGUGUUAAAAAGUUGCAGUUUGCAGGUAUGCUUUCCAGGCCUGACCCUCUCUCUGGGUGUGGUGGACCUUUUGCUACUAAACAUAAUUUCCAUUAUUAGUAUCAAUCCAAAGUUCUUCCAAAGCUCAAAGAAGAUUGUUCAUGUAUUUGCAUCUCAAUGGUUUUUUAACAUUAGUUGCACCUUCGUGACACCAUCACCCAUAAAUCAUCCUCAACUUUUCCUCACAUUCAUUGAACAAGUGGUUUCUGUCCACGUUUUUAAAACUCAGUGUCAUUUAGUGGUUAUUUUUUGAGCUAGCAUCAGGGAAGCAAGCCAUGUUCGAUAUUUAACAAUCACUUCUAUGUAUGGGUGUGUGCAUGUGUGUAAGCGUAUGUUUUAUUUCUCAUUAUUGGUACAAGCAGACAAUAUGAACUCACAAAUACAGAUUUGAAGCUAGUGCACACAGUGUUCAAAUUUGAACCUUCCUCAUGGAUUUUUGUGGUGUGGGCCAAUAUGGUGUUUACAUUAUAGAAUUCCUGCUGUGCGAGCAAAGCACACUUUUUCCCUAAAGUUUUUUUUUUUUUUUUUCCAUGUAUCCUAUUAUGGAUGCUGGUUGUUAAUUAUUUUUUUUCCUCUUUUUAGAAUGUAGCAGUAAUGACAUUACUGAAAUGAAUGAUUUUCUUUCUCUGAAAUAUAAUCAUUGAUGCUUGAAUGAUAGAAUUUUAGUACUGUAAACAGGCUUUAGUCUUUAAUGUGAGAGACUUAGAAGGCAAUGCUUAGAGUGGACUAGUAAGUAUGCCUAAAGGAAUUUUGUAGUAACUGGUAUGAGAUUUGGUUUUGUCCUACUUAACUACACAUUAAUUCAGAACUUAUUCUGAGUUUAACAGUCUUUUAGAGUGACGAGCAACUUUGAUGUUUGCACUAAGAUUUUAUUUGAAACACGAGGGGGUGAAGGAGGUUUCAGUAUUAGUGCACAUGUAACUAAUUUAUUUGAACUGUUUGCUAAAGACAUCUACCAGUUUCUUCAAAUGCCUUUUUAGAAAGCUCAUCACAGAUGAUUGGUGAAAUGUUGAGUAUCAUAUUUUUCUUCUUGCAUGUCAGCUACAUAAAUGGUUUUGUACAAUGAAAAACUAAUUUGUUUGACAUUCCAUGUUAAACUACUGUCAAGUUCAGCUUCCUUGCAUGUAAUGUAGACCUAGCCCAUCCAAUCAUGUGCUUGGGAGAGUGUUCUUUAUUCAAUAAAGUUUUAAUUUAGUAUAAAGA